AUGCAUCUUGCACUGAUCCUCCUCGGAGUAGGAUGUGCUUUUGCUCAGUAUGACACUCAGGAUUCGGGUUAUGGUAACAAUAAUCCCUCAGCUGUACAAAUCGUGGCUAACAAUUCUCCACGAAUUCAGCCAGUAGACUACACCAGUAACAACGCAGGGCAAACUGGCGGACAGGGAGCAGGAGGAAGAGGAUCAGGAACGGGAACAGGAGGAGGAGGAGGAGGAGGAACAGUAAAUACAAACAUAAUUCCUACUAUACCUACCGUACCCACAGAUUCUACAACUAUCACAACUCCAAGGGGCCCCACGGAACGGACAGCUCCGACAGUCCCUGCAGCUCCCACAGCUACAACCCCCUCAUUUCCUCCAUCAUCUCCUACAAGUCCCCCAGCUUCUACACCUUCCGCGGCUCCUGAAUACAAUCCAUUCAGCGCUCCAGUGCAAGCACAGUCAAGCCCUCAGGCGGGAGGAGGGGGAGCUAAUACAGCUCCAGGGCGCGACACAGACGAAUUCGGUGUCGUGCUCACUCCAGUUGGUGGAGGAAGUGGAAGUGGAGCAGAUGGUACGGGAAGUGCGCAAUCUGGAGCAGGUGGCUCUGCGUCUUCCAACACUCAGGGUAACGAUAUCGGAGGAGGUGAUGCGGAAGAUACCGGAAUGCAGAACGGCGGUUAUGGGCGAUUUAGCCGCUAUAUGAUGCAGGUCUUGUAG